AAGAUGUCAUCUGCUGUUGUGUUGUGUGGUACUGACAAUGUUUUAUGUCAAAAGUAAAUAGUCAUUUCCGUAUCGUAAACUAUGUGAUUACUGAAGCAGUUUAUCAGAGGGAAAGCAUGUCCUCCCCUGCAAGAGGAAAAGGAACUUUCACACGCCUGGAAAGAACUAUAAACGUAUAACGUUUAGUAAUGGCUGGAUUUUUUAUGAAAAUCACUGCGUAAAGAAAUGGCAAAGAAAAGUGUCGAAGUCCAGGUUUUUGAUAGUGAUUUUGCACUUCUACUUCGUGAGUCCGUCACUUAUGAGAUCAAAAUGGAAUCCCGCCCCAAAAGUAAAUUUCGCACCUUUGUAUUUGUAUGUGUCUUAUUGGCGGUGACAGGUAUUGUUUAUUUUGGGUACUUCUGUCCAGAUCAAGUUUGCGCACUCUCGUCACGAGAAACCGCAUGGUCGGAGUGGACGUUUCGCACACCUAUUCAAGAUAAUUUAGGAAAACCUUUGCAAACUCAUUCAGAACCACUGAGUUCGAAAUUAUCAAAUCCAGGCCUAAGUUACGAUGAUGUUCUUAAUGAAAAUUUCCAGUUUGAUAUGAAAGCUCAUGACGUUAUGGUCUUUCUGCACAUUCAAAAGACAGGAGGUACGUCAUUUGGAAGGCACUUGGUGAGAGACUUGGAUUUGGAGAGGCCAUGCACAUGUCAAAGGAAAAGGAAACGCUGUUAUUGUUUUCGCCCAAACCGCAAGGAAAUUUGGUUAUUUAGUAGAUACUCCACGGGAUGGAAAUGUGGCCUUCACGCAGACUGGACAGAAUUAACUAGUUGUGUGGAUUCAGAACUUGACAAAAAUGAAGGUGAUAAAGUCAAAAGACGGUAUUUUUACAUCACGUUGUUGAGAGAACCAAUUAGUCGAUACCUUUCUGAAUUUCGUCAUGUACAGCGGGGAGCCACAUGGCGAAACUCAAGGCACUGGUGUGGUGGUCAUGUAGCUACUCGAGAAGAGCUGCCUUUGUGCUACAAAGGCGAUAGCUGGAAAGGGGUGACAUUGGAUCAGUUUGCAGCAUGUCCUUACAACCUUGCAGCAAAUAGACAAACACGCAUGCUUGCUGACUUGGCUUUGGUGGGUUGCUACAAUAUGAGUUAUAUGUCUCCAGUUGAACGUGAUCGUGUAAUGUUGGCAAGUGCAAAGAAGAAUCUAGCAUCUAUGGCUUUUUUUGGAUUAACUGAAUAUCAAAAGAUUGCACAAUAUGUAUUUGAAGAAACUUUUAACUUGAGGUUUGCUGUUCCAUUUGAACAACACAAUGCUACAGUGUCAAGUGUCACUCUCUCAAUGAUCAGACAAGAUCAGUUAGAAACUAUCAGACGUCUAAAUGAUCUGGAUUUAGAGCUAUAUUCCUUUGCGAAAGCUCUUAUGUUUCAGCGCUUUGAUCGCUUAAAGUCAAAGGAUCCACUAUUUAAAGAGCGAUUUGCACAUUUGGGUGAACUGCCUGGGAGACAGAGUGAUAGCUUUGAUUGGGAUCAGGUCAUUUAUGACGACAAUAACAUAACACAAAAGUAGUGGUGUAGACUUGAUGACACUUACUUUUAUAUUUUGCAUUAUCAUCAAUGCACAUAAUUAUUUUCUAUUCAUGUCACGAUGAUGACAUGAAAUCUUAAAGUGUUAGAUGCAGUGCAUUUUUAAUACUAAUAACAGCUGAUAUAGACAGCUAAUUGUGACAGUUCUGUAAAUAUGUAUUGUGUUUUUGUACUUAAUGUACUGUUGUUAAUAGCUAAUGUACAGCUAAGAAGAGUUAAUUUCACAUACCAUAGUUGUAUAUACUUGUAAAUUUCCCCAGUAUAAACCAUGUCACAUCUGCUGCAGCUGAUGCUAUUAUCACUUCCAGUUUUAUAUGUGGUGAAUCAGUUUUGAUGUGCCUUUCAUCUUUAUUAUAUAUUAUGUUACAAAACCUUUGAGAAUUAUGUACGCACAUCUUAUUGAAGUAUUUAUUAUAGAUUUGUUGUUGAGUUGCAUUUGAGACUAAUUAAUAUUAUACAUCAGCUGCAAAAACUCUAAAGAAAUAGAAUUGUGUAAGAAUUUAGGGUGCAGACUCACAAAGAAUACUUUAUUUAUGAGGCUGUGUAGUUAAAUAAAACACACACACACACACACACACACACACACACACACACACACACACACAAACAAACAAAAUCACACACAAUUAGUGUGUAUAUAGCAUUAGAUAUGAAAUAACCAUUUGAAAUUUCCAUUGAAGUAACACAGAUAAUAACAGGCCACAUUAACCCUUGACCUUAUGGAAACAGACUGUGAUUCUUUAUGACAUGAUGAGUUAAAGAUUGACAUGGUUAACAAGUGUACAGAUUUGUGGGUACUAGAGGUGUAACAGGCAGAAAGAGGUCAAAUUGAUUUUUCUACUAAGCUAAGGCUAAUAAAGUUAGUAACCUGCUGUAGGGGAGUGAUUAUCAGAGCAGGAGGAGUCAUUAUUGUUCAAAUCGGAGGUGUUUCCAGCGAAGACAGGAAACAAAAGGACUUCAGAACAAAGAAAAACGCCAAAAAGAAAGCAGAGAAUAGGUAUUCUGUGAUAUUGUAGAACAAGUUAAUACACAGUAGAAUUGAGGAUUUACACACCUGCUAAACAUUGACAGGGUUCCUGUGCAGAAACCCUGCAUCAGUACUUGUGGAUGAUGGUUUCAAAUGGUGUGUUUUGUUGAGAAAUCUUAUGGAUGGGUGUAAUGAAAUAAUUUUUCUGACAUGAUUGAUUGAUAGUAUGUUUUGGGUUUUGCAGAUGAGUUGACAAUUCCAUUCUUUUUGUAGAGUGUUUGACCCUUACCUGACUCGUACUGCAAGUAAUGUUUCUGCCACUGCUCAGUACCUGAAAUCCGAUCAUACUGUAAGGGACAGCAGGGAAUGUGUGCACUUCCUUUUCUGCACCUGUCCCACUGUUCCAUGAAAUGUUCAUUCACUCAAUGUUUUCUUUUUUGAAGAUGAGAGCAUAUAAAUUGAGUGCCAGGUUCCAAGAGUUGCUUAGAUUGAAACAUCUUUGUUUCAACAGACCCCUGCUGUCCACAGUAUGACUGGAGUUCAGGUAGUGAGCAGAUGCAAACAGGGUGCAGUGUGCAAAAAGGGAAAUUGUCAGCUCAGUUUAAGCCCAAACACAAAUCUUCAGAAUAUGUUUUGGCUAUGUUUCCUCAUACCAUAAAUUAUUUGUUCUUAACUGUGUCUGAUGCACGUAUUUGUUUAGGCAAAUAGUGCCAUUUUUGUGAAGGUACAAAUGAUGCCUUUGUCUUGAUCUCAAAUGAUUUUGCACUGCAACAAAUUUUCAAAAGAAGAUGAAACUGUCAUGGAAAUCUUAUGGUUUAACAUUCACAAGAAGACAUCACAAAAAUAUUAACAUAUUUGGCUGUGACUCCCAAGUGAUUUAAUAUUGUUUACGUGCAUAAUAUCUCAACAUGGUAGUGUUUGUCUUGAUUCAUUUCAUUCUUAGAAUCGUUUUUGACAUUUGUCUAGUAAAGAACAACACAGUCUGUGUAAUACAUAUCACCAUAUGUUUUCAGAUUAACUUCAUAUGCAUCUCAAAUUGUAUGUGUAUUGUGUACAAAUUUCAUUAUAUUACUGCAUACUAAUAGAAUUAAUCAGUUUUUCCUCAAAGAAUAUUUUGAGGGUCUGUUCUAAAAUGAAUAUUUCUUGCUUGUUCAGAACUUGUAACAGUUUGUAUUUGUGAUAACAGCUAUGUAUUUUUUUACACAGUUGUACAAUCCAUUGCUUCCAUUGGAUAAUACCAUCUCUCUGAAAAACUGUUUCAGUUUGAGUGCCAUUUACAUAUUGUGGAACAUAUUUUAUGAUGGCAUUACUUGUUAAAUUGUGUCCUGAUGUUAUAUUCAGAAUGACUUGUUAAUAUAAUUCUACAUUUCUGUUAAGUUUAAGCAUUUUUCUUUAUCUUUAGUCAUUCUUAUGCAAAAAUUUUUGAAACGUGGUUUUCAAGCAAAUGAUUUUUUGCUCAGGUAUUUAAUGAAUACAUGUUAGUGACAAUGUGUGUAGGAAGAUGCUGAAUCAGUGUUAGUUUUGCUUGUACAGUGCAUAUGAAGUUGUCUUACGAGAUUACCUCCUAUGGAGAGAAUGUACUUGAAUUUAUUGUACUCUAAACUUGGUAGGUGUUUUUUUAGUGAGGCACCUGGUACAAAUAACUGCAGAUACUGAAACAGUCACACACUGUCAUUACUUCUGUACUCCCUUAAUAUUUGUUAUCUGUUAGACUUUAGUAUUAUUUGAACCUAUGACUGAAAGCAAUUCAGCGAUAACUUUUUUUAGUUGUCACUUGUGUGUUUCUGAAAAUAUUUUCAAGUAGCAUCUUGUUAUCUGUGGGACUUUGACUACUGCUGUUGUCUUCCAUCACAUGAGUGUAGUGAAUUGGUGCUGGAAGUCACAAUAGCCUACAUGGUGUUGCAUAUGAAUUCUACUUUUAUUCUCUAUUCUGUUCACAUAGUGUAUGGUAACAUUUUUGAUUGCAGAGAGAGAGUAUCUCUUAUUUUAUAUUGUAAUAUAAAAGUCUCUGAUCCCCAUAAAUGAAAUUUUUGUGUGCUUUCAAAAGUAGGACUGGCUAGAAAUGGACCUGCUGUGUAUCAUCUUAAUUUGUAUAUGUACCGUGGCAAACAUCUGGAGGUACUUGUUUCACUGCAAUGUGAUUUAUAGUUCUAUUACUGCCACCACAAUUUUUUUCAUGUUACAGAGAUGGUUCCAGUGAACUGUUAAAGUGUGGAAAGUAUUGAAAAGAUAAGCCUGCAGUUAUGCUAGCAAUAAAUUUUACGGCAUUAUAAUUGUGAAUGAGAAUCGCUAACAGUCCAAACUUUUAAUCAGUCCUCUCUCAGGUUUCAUCAUAUGACUGCUUGCUGGCAAAAAUGAUUUUACAUAGGCAUACAAAUAAUGCCUCAUGAGGUUGUUGAGUGUUUUUAGUGUAAUGUAUAAUACCCAAAAAUUGGAAAGAUUGUAAUGCCUUGAAAUCAUAUGUUCAGACGUUGAAAACUAAAAUGUCUGUCUCAUUUUUUCGAGCUUAUAGUUUGGAGGGAAUGAUCAUACAUUAAGACAUUCUGUUGAUGUUAGUAUUUGGAAUUAAUUUUACAGAUUCUGGUGAGGUUACAUUUUUUAGCGUGGGAUGCAGUAAUCCGCUGUCUUAAUGUUCAGUAUACUAUUUUGGAUGGAAUGUGUGUUCAGCAUCCCCAACUAAUAAUCAUUUAUUCCUGAAGAAUUUACCACAUUAGUUUUUCAGAAGAAAAAUAGAUCUGUAUCCUAUAUUAGUAAUAUUUUGUCAUGUUAAUACUAUUUACCAACUUGCCAUGAUUUGGGUCACUUUGCUAUGAAAGCGUGUACAAUGACAUUUGCUGCAUUGUUUGUAAGAUCAGUAUAGAUUCUGAUCAUGUUAGAAAUUAAUGUCCUUAUUAAAAACCAACAAGUGUGGACAGUGGAGAAGAAUGAUAGUGAGGAAGUAUUAGGUGUAAGUUAAAAGGAAAUAAUGUAUUAGUAGAUUUGUUUGUGGAAAGGACUGUCCUCUUUAUGAGUCUAGGAUUUUAUCAUUAAAGAAAACUAGAUUGGUUAAAUGAGUACCAUCGGACUGAGUUAAGUGCUUUGUCUGACAAAAUUUUUAGUAACAACUUGUAAAACUACUUUAGAUGCUGGAAGUAGUGGUAGGGAAACGAGUGGAUAAAGUGAAGAUUAAGAGAUUAAAUCAUCUGAAGAAGAUAUGAGCUAAGCCAGGUAGACAGAAAAGUUGUAAAAAUUUGUUGCUGGCUGAGACACUAUUCAGAGGCUAGAGAUAAUUAAUGUUUGAGUAAAGAAAAGAUGAAAUGCUAUCAGUUAUGAGGCAAUAUCAGAAUCAUUUGUGAAGUUAAUUUCACCAUAGACAAUGAAAGUGUUUUACUAUGCGCCUGCUUCUAUGGUGCAGUGAAAUUUGCUUCUCAUAGUAGGGCAUUGUCUAUAUUGGACACUACUGACAGGUUAAGGCUGAAUGCUUAAGGGGGAUUAAACUAGAUUUCUGCCUUUCAAAAACAGUUGUUCUUUCAAUUGAAUAAUGCAACCACACCACAAAGAACAACGUACUGCUUCAAUCUGUGAUUUCCUUUUAUUUCCAUUCCAUUAUUUUCACUGAGUGAAGUGGCACAGUAGGGAGACACUGGCCUUGAAUUUGGAAAAGGUGCCCAGGCAUCCAGAUCUGUGUUUCACCAUAUAGCGGAGACGCUGAGUUGCAGAUAGGCACAAUAAAAAGACUGCCACAAAAUGAGCUUUCGGCCAAUAAGGCCUUUGUCGAAAAUACACACACACACACACACACACACACAAACAAACGCAACUCUCUCUCUCUCUCUCUCUCUCUCUCUCUCUCACUCUCUCACACACACACACACACACACACACACACACACACACACACACACACACACACACACUCACACACACUUCAAUCUGUGCUUGUACUUUGUCUCUAAUGACCUCAUAGUCAAUGGGACAGUAAGCCGUAAUCGUCCAUUCUGGCAAUCUGUGCAGAGGCUUCCUUGCUAACACUUUAAAUAACAAUGUUGGAUAAUCAGCUACUGCCAUCAAAGUGUUACCUGAGACUUUUUUUUCUCCCUUGGUAUAAAUCUUGUAUUCAAAUUAUGCAGUUGCUAAAUGCAUAUCUAAAGGCCAUGCAAUAAAGAUUUUUUCUACAGAAAAAAAGUGCUACAAGAGAAGUGCACUUCUCCUCCACAUUAUAUUCUUUUUGCAUUGUAUUGUGAGUGAGUUUCUAACAGAUUAGGUGACUAGCUUUUAUUGUAGCAACAGUUAAGUAGUAUUCAGAUCCGAGAAAAUUCCAGACCUCGUAACUCUCCUAAGUUAUGGUAACUCAUAUUUAUAUUUCAAAGGAACUGUUCAAAAAUAUAUAAGGAGUCCAUUUCACAUCAACCAGUAGGUAUGCCAGGACCGGAGACAGCAUGGAGGUGAUUAGAAGCAGCCCUUGAAAGCUGGAAGUUUUUAGAAUGAUACAAACGAUAAAAAAAAUGGGGAAGACUAAGAAGCAAAGCAAAUUAUUGUAUGUAUAAAGACAUUCAUCAACUUCAUGGAUGCCACAGGAAACUGUGAAUACAAAAUCUUGUUUAGUCCACUGCAUUAUUGUCCUCCUUAAGAAGCAGCUGUUUGUUGUAAUUAUUUUAAUGAGCAGCAUAUACUGUAAAAGCAUUGAGACAUGUAGCUCUAGUUGAAAGUGGCAGUUUGUGACUGUAUAAUUAUGAUGUGUGCAAAAUAUCAUGAUGCUGUGGACAUAUAAUUGCAGGGCCAUCAAAUAUAGCAAUAUUACCACAAUUGUCUCAUAGGCACCAUUACCUGGAUUCCAGAGUUAUAAACAUUUGCUGAGAUUAAAUUUUGAUUCAGUAUUUAGAGAAUAGAAUGUUCAUAUGAACUGGUGAGUUGGAAAAGUGGUCAUGUUUCAGAAAGUAAAUUUUUCAGAAGGUACAAAAAACUUUUUUUCUACACAAUGGGUUUAAACAUGGUGUCAUGGAGUUACUGUAUAGCAAUUGGCCCCAGGUUGAAACAAUAUAUGAGGGCUGUUUGGAAAAUAAGUUCCGAAUAGUUGUGGAAUGGAAAACAUUGUGCAUAUCAAAAAUGUUUUAUUUGCAACAGUUAGCGUCCAGCUGCUUCUCUAUAUAGUCGCCACUCUGACUUAGACAUUUGUCGUAGCAUUGUGCCAACAUUCCAGUACUCUCAUCAUAGAAGGCAGCCACCUGUGCUUUCCGCCAAUACUCUACACUGGGUUACAGCUCAUUGACUGUGCCAAAAUGUUGUCUUUAAAGCCAUGUGAGUAGAGGUGAAACUCAGGGGCAGCCAGUUACAAGCCGUAUUGUGGAUGAUCAAACACUUCCCUUUGAAAACGCUGCAGGGGCAUCUUCAUGCCGCUGCAGAGUGUGGCCAAGAAUUGUCAUAAAGAAGGAACACCAUGACAGUUGUUUUAUGUGGGCUGCAUGACAUCAGGCAAAAUCUCUCGCCAGGCUCUCAUACUUGGCAGGAGACACUAUUUCCUAGGCAUCCUUAUGUGCUCACUGUGCACUCAGAACUGAAAACAGCGAUAUGAUGAGAUCAACGGGAAUACUAGAGACACUGCCCAACACAUCUGUGCAAAGCUUCAUUGGAUUUUCACAGUGGUUUCUGUUUCGUGACCGAUCAGAACUUACUUUCUAAAUAGCCCUCAUACACCAUUACAAUAUACUUCAGCCUUCAAGUGUGGUCAGAAAUCCAGUUUGAAUGUGCUGGAGAUGACCUUUUUUCAGAACAGAUUAUGAUGUGGAGGAGGAGGAGAAUGCAACUAGGAUUCUGUUUGCAGCAGAAGAGUUGUGUUAUGCAAUUUUGUGUUAUUCAUAUUCAUUAUAGAAAUAGCAUAGUGUUACGAGCGUAACAGUCUAUUCAUAAUAUACCCAAAAUACAACAACAAACAAAAUACAGCAAAGCAGGCAAUGGUGGGCAUGCUUCAUCUUUAUCUUGUCCAUGGGCACUGACAGAUACUGUUAUAAAAUGGUUUCAACUCAACAGGUUCGUAUUGUAAAAUUUUCGUUACAUCAUCUUGUGAAUGUUGAGCAUUUCUGUUGCUGGGACAUGACCCCCUGUUAUACCAUCAACAUGUACUUAAUUCGAAAAACAGUGAGCAUGACUCCUUUGUCAACUCACCGAUUCAUAUAUUGUCUAUAACUUGUUCAUGUUAUUGCAGAAAUGUAUAAAUAAUUUAAGGAGUAAAGAUAACAACUCGCCAAGUAAUUGAGGUGCUAAGGCAUCACAAUCACAGAUACAAGAGUGAGAGUGUUGCUAACACUUGGAUGAAUCCUCCUUCAGAGCUGCAGUUUGUGUUUGUACACACACACACACACACACACACACACACACACACAAAGUGUGGACACAUUGAAUAGGCUAGAGCACUAGACACAGAGAUACACAUGUACUCUACUGCUCAAAUUCAGCUGAAAGCUAGCAACAUUGUCAUUUCUAUAUCUUUAUGUAUUGACAUAUUAAUGUUUUAAACAUGUGCCCGAAAAGUGAGUUAACAUACUGACAAAUCCAAAGUUACUUCUAAUUUUAUUGAGAGUAAUCUUCUAUGAUUUCCCACUAAUGCACAUAAUAUACUGGCUGAAUAACAUAUGUAAAAUCAAUGCAACUGCUGUCCAUAUGUGCCUAGUUUGCCAUUUUAUGAGACUGCUACUUUGUAGACGUAUUACAUCAGUUCAAGUGUUGUAUGCAUUUCAUUUGCAUUUAAUGGGAAACUUCAUGCCACACUGUCUCUCCUAGUCAACAAGAAAUCUGAUAUUACACAUUGGCCUAAGUACCACAUAUGGAUUCUGCCAUUCAGACUUGAAGUGUCUGUUAUCUCUCUUUAGUGGCAGUUAAGAUGAAUGAACCACUAUUAUAACUUCGUAUAAAUAUUUUUGUUACUUUUAUUUUCUAUUGAUUACAAUGUUCUUUUUGUAAAGAAAUAAACAAAGAUAUUUUAAAUAAA